AUGCACCACCGAACGCACGUUGCUGAUCCUGUACUAGUGUCUGCACAGCUCCUGCUCCGCAGCGGCGCACGGUCCACGGCGCAGGGAGCACGAGUGGAUUGUUUGAAUCCCGCCCACACGGCUCUGACUGACACGGAGGAUGAACCAAUCACAGCUCAGACCAAGCAAAGUCCGGGUUGGCGUUUAGAAUCAUCCUUUACUGCCUUUCGUGCAACAGAACUGGGCAUGGCCAUUGAAUUCCACAUAAAGUCCCAGACAUGUCUCCACCCUGCUGCUACACAGUUUGAGGCCGAAGAUGGAAUGUCAUCUAGUGAAUCUCCAUUUUGCCUUUUUGAAACCAAGAUGAACGCUAUUGUUCAUUCUACAUGCUUCAUGAGCAACGAGAAAAUUAGAAGAGAAAGUGCAUGUUUAAAUUAUUGCAAACGAGAAAUUGGACAUUUGGGGACUGCAGAAGAGAUGAUCCAGAGAAGAGAAGAUAAAAGCAAAGCUGGGCUGCCAGAAUAUUCUGUAAAGGCAUCUCGGUCCGUUGAAAAGAGUGAGAGGCAGGAUUACACUGUAGCUGUGUGGCGAGGACGCUUGGUGUCAGGUGAGGGGGUGAGGCCUGUGGAGGUGCACAAGAGGGACGCUAAGAAUUUCAUGCUACGGCUCUGGGUUGCCUCUGGCCCAGCAGCAGCAGUUUGUGUUGCCACAAACAGAGAGCAGGCAGGAGAAACCCACCAUGACAAGCAGAUAACAAUGCUGCAACACCACUCUAAUUGGCCUGGGGCUUACAGGGAGAGUCUGCUGUUCAGCAGACUGGUAUUUUGGGAUGUGAGAGCAGAGGAAGGCCCUCCCUCCCUUCACUCCAUUGCUCUCAUCUUCAAACAACCCAAGUGGAGGAUCAUUUCAACACAAAGAGCACAGUACAAACAAAAGAAGUGCAGGGUCUAUCUGUCUAUCUGUCUUGCUAUCUAUUUAUAUAUUUAUCCACUGUCUUACUUUAAUGCACCAUUGCUAAAAACCACACUGCCCAACAUCCAAAUCCACAAAACUGGGAAUCCUAUCAACAGUUUUUCCUACUUUGUUCAGUUAAAAUAUGUACCAUUAAGUACUCCAUCCAUCCAUUUUCAGUUUGUUAGCAUUUCCAUGUAUUUAGAGGAACUGACUUUCAUCCUGGCCACUUCGAAUCCAGCUGAGAACCGCUCUAUUCUUUCAAAGACAUUUAAUCACAUGAAGUUAUCUACAAAAGACAUAGAAUUUAAUCGAUGCUAA